AUGGCCGGCACCAAACGCUCCUGGGAAGGCAAACCACUCCGCGACGACGGCACCCGCUCCCAAACCGCUCUCACCAUGGCCGACGAGCCCGCGACCCCGAUCCUGUCCAUGUUCGGCACUUUUCGCGACGAGCUGGACGAGCACCAUGAUCGACGCGAACGACUGAUUAAGAUAUCGAGGGAUAUCACGGGGUUGAGUAAGAAGAUAAUCCGCACCCUCCCAACUCCCACUCUCCCCGCCUCAAUCUCCAAAGAAACCACCCCCCGCUUCAGCCAAAUCAACGACCUCUUCGCGUCCGCCGUCCCCGACCUCACCGCCCUAAAAGCCCACCGCUACCAGCGCCAAAUCUCCCCCGGCGUGCAGGAGUUCAUCGAAGCCCUGUCUUUCCACCACUACCUGACACGCCAGAGCUUGAUCACCCUGGCUGAGGUCCGCGGGGCUGUUCCGGAGGGGAUUCUAGUCACGGAGGAGGAUUAUCUGAUGGGGGUUUUUGAUUUGACGGGGGAGAUGAUGAGGUUUGCGGUUAUGGCGUUGUCUUCGGGGUCUCAAUCUCAGGGACAAGGAGAGGGAGAGAAGGGAGAAGAAGAGACGGCAGGCCCGGCUCUAACCGCCUCGCAGGCCGGCAUCGUGGUUGAUCUACGGGCUUUGCGGGCGCUAGUUGAAGGGCUGAGUGUGCCGCGGCGGCAUUUCAUGUUCAAGGAUCUGGGGAAGAAGACGGACGUGAUGCAGAACAGUGUGGAGAAGGUGGAGCGCGCGGCGUAUGGGAUUCUGGUGCGAGGGAGCGAGCGGCCGAAGGGGUGGAUGCCGGAUUUGUCUGCGCAGGUGGAAAUGGAGAGUUAUUGA